AAAAUCAUGGCCCGUUUUCGUCUAGUAUUUUUAUUCUUUGUAUACAUUUAAAUAGACUUUAGCUAUAGCGUGCGUUUUGUGUUUACAAAAUGAUUACAAGACCGUCGAGAAUAACAUCGCAUUGUUCGCUUCGACUUUACCUUAUAGUAAUUUUCAGCUGCCUAAAAAUUUGUCUAUAUUGUCUUACUGAAUAAAUUAUAACAUACACCAGACUGAUAAUUUUUGUUCGUGUUUCAAAGCUUCGAUAUCUUUGCGUGAAAAUUAUGAACAUUCAAGUAGAAAAAAUGGUAAAAAGAAAGCUUCAUGAAUGUAACAAACAUAGGAAGCAGCCUUAAUCAUCCCUUUUUUUAAAGACGUCCAUUUGGCAUUGUAGGCUAAUGCCUAUAUUGAUAAUAGGAAUGAUAUUUGCAUAAAAGCUGCCUGCUCAAAAAACUAAAUAUAGAUUUCCUAUAAAAAUAUAUAAUAUUAAAGAAAAACGGAAUGUUAAUGAAUAUUGCCUAUCCUAGUGGGCAGUUUACAAUGUCUAAGCGAUUGUCCCUUCAUUUUUUAACACAAUUUGCAGUAUCUGACCUUUUAUAUCAAUCAUCACUUGAAUCGGUAUAAAUGCAAUAUAUGUCAUCCAAGCCUUCGUGUAUGUUAUUCACCCCAUUUUACCUCCUUGAUAUUUUUAUUCCUGUGUACACAAUUUCAGCUAAAAAUAAGGCAUGCAUCAGCAUUACACAUAUCUCCAUUACCAAGUUAAUACUUAAUAGUAAUACGCGUAAUUUACGGGUAUGGCAAUUUGUUUCCCAACGGGCGGCCACGAAAGUCUACGGUGACAGUUUAACUUCAACCGAUCGAGAUUCUCGUCUCGAAUUCUCGGCCUUUUUCGAAAUGAAAACAAACAUCUAUAUCGAAUAUAGUAAACGAAAAAUGUAAAUAAUGAUGUCACAAAGCUCUAAUAUAUUCUUCCAUAAAAUUUGCCACAUUUUUCUGUCUCAUCCCAAUUCUAAAUGAUUUCAAUUAAAAACGAUGAAAAUAGCAGGGCGCCUAUGGCGUAAUCUACGGUCGAAUGAAGCCGUCUGAUGUCUACCGACUUCGCUAUGAAUAGUAAUGUGAAAGGCAUAAUAUGCCAAACGUUCUCGCCUUUAGUCUAAAUUAAGCUCUUUCAUGUUGUAGGCGUUGUUAAAGUUGAACGUUUUUUGGGCUGGUGUUCUUCGAGUCAGUGAUCCUAGGAAAGCGUGCCCAACCAGUGAUUUGGCCGGGUCAAGUUUGUUCGCAGUCGUAAAAUAGGGUGUUUGAACUCGCGUUCAGAUGAUGAAGAAGGCGCUUAUAUGAUCUGGAAAACACGCGUUGGCUUUUCCUCAAAAGUCCGAGGAUAAAACGUCUUGAAAUUAUUUUCAAUCACUCGUUGGAACAUUCAGCAUUCCGUAAAGAUAUCAGCCGGAACAAGGGAAUAUUUAAGCAAAGGGCACUCCAGCUUAUCUCAGCCAGCUCUUGUGAAACACCCACUUGUAUCCCUCGGGGUAAGCAGCGACAUCUCCCCCCCGUCCCGCUGAGAAUGUUCAACAACACAACAUCUCUUCUGGGACCCAGUCCGCAGCUGCCAAGCACAUUAUUUCGUGUCGUCUUUUGGUGCGGCCUCGGAGUUGUCGAAGCCUUCUCGUUGCUAGGCAACGCGAUAAUAAUAUACAUCAUAAUUACACAUAAGAACUUGCAUACAAACACCAACUGGUUUCUCCUGUCUCUGGCUAUCAACGAUCUUGGGGUACCUCUGUUUAUAAUUCCAUCCCACUUACUCUGCACUGAAACGGGAUUAUCUUGCAACAUCGAUGUUAUUACAGCGUUGUAUAAUUUUGUCCUGUUUGCAUCCGUGUUGAACCUUUGCGCAUGUACCACGGAACGCUACAUCGCUAUAUUGCACCCGUUUAAGUACAUUCACCUUGUGAAUCAGAAACGCGUGAUCGGAGUACUUAUAAAGAUUUGGUCACUCCCAUUACCCCUAUCGAUCCUACCUGUGAUCCUUAUUCCCAACCCGAAGCCCGGAGAGCCGACGCAGCUGGUAAACCGGAUUUACUGGUUAACGCAAGUGAUGCUGUUUAUGAUAAUUCCCAGUGCUGUGAUGAUGGCCGCGUUUUGGCGGAUUCAUCGAGUCGCGACGUGGCACGCGAAUCAAAUCCGAAGACUGAGUCUAGUCCCAGAGGAGGAUGCCCACGGUGGGCGACAGAAACUAGUCCUCGAAGCGAAAUCGACCUUGAAAGUCUACGGUGUGGUCGUAUUAGUGUUUACUCUGGGCUGGCUGCUGUCCGCUUACAGAAUGAUUAAGACGAAAUUUCUAUUGCAUCAUGUGCCAAUUGAGGUGGAUUACAUCUCAAGAUUUUUGCUGGUUUCAAACGCCUCCAUAAACCCCUAUAUUUACGGGCUGCAAAAGUCUGACAUUAAGAAAGAGUUUUUGACAGUUUUGAGAAAAAGGCACCUGCAUCAGCCAAAUUCUAGUGCAAGUAAUGCAAAUAGUGGUAAUGAGUUUUUGAGAAAUGAUGCUGACGCUGUUUGAUUUACAAUGUCACUGAAGCUACUAAGAACAUUGGCACUCGUGUUGAGACAGGUAUCCACACGGGUAGCCAAACAAACGGAAGCAUAAAUAUUUUCUAGCCAUUUUAUUGAAGGUGGAUGCUGAAGACGGUCUCCUAAGGUCACCUAGGCAUGUUUUCCGAAGGUAGUUAACUAUUUAAUCCUUUUAUAUCAGCAAAUCAGGAAUUUGUAAAUAUUUCUGUAUAAAAUU